AUGGAGCUGAAGUUGGAGGUUGUUUUGUCAUCCAGCAUCAAGAGGAAGAAACCAUGGCCGCGUUUCUGCUGGCUUGGGCAGGAGAAGGAGUCUGUGUUCCUGUUAGAUGACAAACGGAUCAGUGAGAUCAACAUGGUGUCUGGUCGAACCAAGAAGAGGACCCCUAAACUCCAUCCUUUACUCAACAGUGUGGUGACCAUGGCUUCAUCCCACAAUGGCAUUUGGCUUUGUGGACUUUUGGUCUCAGGAGAGCUCUUUCUGUGGAACAGGGAUAAAGAUUUGUUGAAGACUGCAGCAGCAGCUCUAGAAACAGUCCACAUAAUUACUUCUGGAAGUGCCACGCGGUUGUCUCUCCAGGUUUCAGGAGAUGGGAUGCGUGUCCUACUGGUAGCCAUAACAGGGCAAGUUUUCCUGUGGGAGUGUUUGGAUGUCAGGGAUUUGACAGGAGUACGAGAUGGCACAGUCAAGGGACAAUGGUCUCAUAUACAGCCCCUUGAGGAUACCAUUCUGCCUUCUUCCCAAGACAAAGAAGCAUCUCAACACACAAUUUUUGUAAAGACAGAGGUUUUGGGUGAUGCCUGCUUAUCAGCCAUUGUUUUCACAUCUGGAAAGAACCUAAUCAUCACCUGUCUGAAAGUCCAAUGGGAAGAGGGCCACAUGAGAGUGGGUUGUAUGGGAUAUAGUGUACAGUGGGCCACCAAGACAUACCCCAUGUCUUGUCUCACCCCCCCGUGCCAACCAGUGAAGUCAAGAGGGGCCUUGGUGCCAGCCUUCUCCCCAGAUGGCAAACUGUUAGCCGUCGUCCUGAACCAGAGACAGCCAAAGGCUACACAGGUCCUCUUUGUGAGCACACAGAAUUUUGUCUCAAUAUCAAGUAGCCUCGGGGGAUGUGGAAGUAAAAAGAUGGAGAUCCCCUCUAAAUACAUAAGGUCCUAUUGGGUGGGCAGUGUGAGCUGGUCACCCAGCGGCCUGUUCCUGGCUUGUGUUCUAAAGAGAGGCUCCCUUCUUAUGUUGGCUCGCCUUGGAGGGCUUCUCACUCUAACAAGCUCUGGUUGCAAUAUUGACUUAGGGCCUGCACAAUUCCUACCCCUGCACCCUCUCGUCACUUACCGGCCACCACUGUCUGCAGGGAGAGGUGAGGCCUCUCUGUCCAGUUCUAGCUUGUCUGUGCGGGAUGUUCUGAGGCAGCGAUAUUCUGUGACCUGGCAUCCACGGCUGUUGUAUCUCAUUGUGUCUGAUGGCUACAUGGCCACGGUUAUGAGGGUGCUCGAUAGGCCUUCUCCUGCUGUGUUGCUGAAAACACUUCUCAAGGACACAAGCAAGGAUCUUGAGAAGGCCAGCCGCAUACUGGAUAAAUCACAGAUUCAUGUGAGGGCAUGGCUGGAGUCCGUAUCUUGCCUGAAUCUUGACAGCAGCCUUGAGGUGCUCAACGCCACUGUUACAUGUGGGCCCAACACCUCAGACUCUGUCUUUUCAGCAGCCACAGAUAGAUCCACUUUGCCAAUUUUCCUCCAAGACAAGGGGACUCUUGCUGGAACCAAGGAGCUUCUUGAAAAAGUGCAGACUUUCUUUGAGGAUGACUCUGAUUUGGAUGGACCUCCCGCUGGUUCUCAUGUGGAGGAUGGCGGCCGUUUGGAGUUCGCCUCAAUGUUUGACACACUCCACGCCCAAGACACACAGAAUGACACUGAAUUUGUUACUGGCCCAGAUUAUGAAAAGGACUUUGUUGAAACAGAGAGGAAGACUCCUCUUCUUCAUCAUGAACUUGGGAAAAUCCAGAAGAAAGAAUCUCCUUCCCAGCCACCACAGCUCUGGCCUUCAGAUGUACACUAUGUGCCUCUGCUACAAGAAGAGAAGGAAAAGACACUCAGCUCGCUAAAUCAGGCACAACCUGUUCCCCAGCGACCAUCCAGCAGAUUGUUUGGAGUGUGGCAGUGGGUGUACCAGGUCACCCAGCAGUAUCUGGAAGAACUGAACAGCUUCAAAGGCUGUGAUGGCUGGGAGGAGGAACAGCAACAGUUGUCUUUCAUCAUGUCACAGAUCCAAACAGCUCUGCAGGCUACAGGAGAAAGGCUAGAGGAGGGCCCUGCACUGCUGAGUUACCCAGGUUGUGAUCGUAGCGUCUUCCAGGAGGCACGGAUUUGUCUGGCACUCCUAUACAGUCUCUUGUCCCAGUACCGUCUAAGGGAAGCCCAGGAGUUGGGGGACCACAUGGCUCAUCUAAUACUGCACAGGGCUGGACACCAAAGGGACAACAUGGCCUGCAUAACAGACUCUCUUCCUUGCCCGUGGCUCCCGAUGGACCUUCACAGUGACACAGCCUGUGCAGUGGUUCAAAGCCUGGGAAGAUUCAUGGCCUCUUACUUCACCAACCAACCCCUCCACAUCCUGCCCCCUCACAAUGUGGCUGUCCUGCCUCCACUACAUUUGCCACAUGCCCCCAAUGUUGGGCGCUUGGUGCCACUGGGCCAAGAGGAGGUGGCUACAGCAGUUCGUCGCCAGCAGCUGUCAGAAGUAUGGACAGUGGAAUACGCCCAGGAUCUGCUCCUGCUGGGGGGUCUGCUUCCUGAGGCUGUGUGGUUGGCUUACCAUCUUGGGGACUGGAAGACAGCGGUGUCUCUGAGUCUGGCCUAUUCAAGCUAUUGCACUGACCACUUGGACUUUGCAGGGCUGAGGAGGAAAGAGCUCCACCUCCCAACAGUUUUGGAAGCAGAAAGCAUUUUUCAGGCUGAGUUGGAGUGUCUUCUUGGCCAUAAGUCUGACUCCCAGGACCACACAGACAGUGAAGACCCUCUGGAAGGAGAAGACUGGGAUUUAUUGCAGGUUUCCAUACAGGAGAUUCUGAAAGCAUCAGUCGUGGCUGGAGUAAAUGUUAUGUCUUCACCCUUGUCUUCCUUGCUGGACAAAGCCAAAGACUUGUGUUCCUGCCUACCUAUGUUGGUGCCUAAUGGACUGUAUCUACCUUCCCCACCACUUUAUUGCCCUCAGCCUUCCCCCAACACACAGGACCCGAUAGGGACCAUGGGGCAGUUUGCAGAAGUUGCAUCUCGUCACAAAGUAUCAGGGGUUCUCCAAAGAUUACUUUUACUUCUGAGAUCUGCUCGUUGUUGUCAUCCUGCUGCCCAGUGGUACAUCACCCAUCUGCGCCGUGCCAGGCACCUACUACACAAGAUCAAGAAGAAGUAUUCAUAUCCAGCAGCUGCUGAAGAAGAGAGGGCUUUCCCAGAGGGCCUGAUGAAGUUUGUCACCCGCAGUGGAUUCUUCAAACGAGGGCCUAACAAAGAUGGUCACUUGGACUCUGAUACCAUCCAAACUAUUAUCUGUUUCAGGGAGCUGUGUGGUUUAUGCUGGAUGCUGCAUGUCAGGGACAGACUCUCCAUUUCCUGCAGGAAGUAUCAGGCUGCCAGACAGCAUGGUAGAGAUGAACAGAUCCCUGUUGACUCAGAAGUUAGAGCGAGCUGCAUUGAUGCUCUCCACUGGGCCUGUCGUUUUCUGCCUUUCUCUCGUUUCCUCAAUGCUGAAGAAAUUCUCCAGGACAUCCUGCUCAGCCUUGUGUCUGAACUACCUCCUGUCUCUUUGGUGGCAGACACUCUGGUACGAGCCUUCCCGGAGGAGGAAGAGUCUGUCAGAGUCCCGCUGAGAGAAAAGUAUAACUCAGUGCUGCAGAGACUGAGGCAAUGCAAUGUCCUUGAAGAGGAAAAAGAGGAGGUGAAUGAGUUGAUGAUGAUUCUGAUUCAAGACAAACACAGGCAGAGGAGAAAACAUCUUGGGCGUUUGCGGAGGCACCUGGGCCCCCCUGAGCUCCAUCUGUGGGAGAAAGAGGAGGAAGAGGACGACAGGGGAGGCAAACACGGGAUGGCCAUAUUGAGGCAACUGUCACUGGGUACAAGUCUGAGCACCAGCACUUUAACCGACUGUGGGUUUCCCUCAGUGUGCAGUGAUGGAGACACAACAGAGAAUACAUCUGAGGCUAUCUCCCCUGAACAGCAUUGCCAACCCAUGACCAGGGACAAAAAAGCAAAAAGAGUGAGAGACAGAGAAUAUGCAAAGAAGACUGCUGUUAAGAUUGAAAGUGCCAUUCAGGAGGAGACUCAGCCAGACGAUGACAAAGGGAAUGAGAAGUUCUCCCUCCCAGUGGUUGGCACCUGGGAGUUUGAGCUGGAAGAUGAAGAGUAUCUAAACUUCCUGGAGCUCUUCCUCAGCUACGUGUUAGAGAAGGAUAGUGCCGAUGGAGGGGACUCAGGCAGCGAACUUCCUUUGUUGAAGGGCUUCUCCUCCCAGCUGAGGGAGAGAGAGUUGCAUUCUCUCACUUUUGAUGUGCUCACAACUAUUCACCGCCGUCAAAGAGAUGGGCACCAUCCAGGGAGAAAACACUGGAGCAAUGACCCUCCAGUGUUCAGGGCUGGGUGCUGCUACAAGCCUAUUAAACAAGGUGCAACACCUGAGCCACAGACGUCUUCCAUCUGGAGUGAAGCCCCCAUAUCCAGAGCUAGCCUUUCUGUCAGCUCUCUUCCUGGGCUGAGAACUGGCAGGCAAAAAGGUUUGUUUGGCCUCCGACAGCAAAGCAGUGUGCCUUUAACCCAAAGAAUGAAAGGAGGCCACUCAGGUUCUGAAACUAGCCCUUUUCAAAGUGCCUUUCCCAUGGGGCAGCCAUCAGAGAGCUUCAUAUUUGGCUCCUCAACUUCAGUGGAAGCUGUAACUGAACUGCAGCAGGGCCUUGACCCUAAAUUAGAGGCUCAGUUUCCAGAGCUGGGCAGGCUGCUGGAAUGGAUGGUACGUUGGGCUGAUCGGAGGAUGCUACUGGGACAUCAUGGCAAAAAGAAGAAAGAGAGGGGAGGAGGGGUUGGAGGAACAGCCGAUGAAGGAGUAGUGAUUCGAGUCAAAGCGUCAGCACCUGCUGUCCUCACUGCCCUCAGCUUACUGGAGUGGAGGUACACUGCUCUACUCACGUCAGACCACUACAGUGCCCACAUCCAAGUUCCAGAAACACAAUGGACUGUAGUCCCUGUGCUGCAGCCUGAGGUGGACAGGAAGCUGGAGAGAGAGAGCAGUGUUGAUACAGGUUACCCUGGGUCAGCCAACACUCCCAUCACUGGUCUUGAUCACAAUGUACAGCAAGGAGAACUGUCCAUAAGUCUACAAGCUCCUCCACACCCAGAGCCCCAAGCUCUUCUUAUUGUCCAGCCUGAGGCCUCGGUUCACACAGAGCAUUCUGAUUCAACUGGAGUGCAGCUCCCCAAUACACCUAUAGAUCCUCCAAGCCUUCAGCCACAAAGCUCCACAGCUGGUGCACCCACUGCUUUUUCUACAGCCCCCAGUCAACCAACAUCCUCUCAGACUCCACCAAUGAGACAGCGACUGGGUGAAGACUUAUUUAGAUUGGUUCAGUUGCAGAAUAUCAACUACAUGAGCCUCAUGGAGGUUUUGGGAGCAUCUUUUUCCAACCUGCAACUUGCCCAGCAGAGCUCUUCUUUGGCUCAGUCUAACAUGAACUCCUCACAUCCAAAUGUGCCAUCAUCUCAUGAAAUGCAGCCACUCUUGGUUCAGGCAGAGUCACCAGAAAUCCAGUUUAUACAGAGCAAGAGGUUAAUCCCAUCCUCCCAGGGCCUCCUGGCCACUACUCACAUUUUGCCCCUAGCUACUCCUUCGAACCAAAUGACCCGUCUCAUGUCCAUGGAGGAGUUGACAAGUUCAGUGAUCAGGAGGCAGAACGCUGAAGAGGCUCAGUUGCGGUUGCUCAGAGUGGACCCACCUACUGAAAACACUAGAGCAGCUACCACUUCUCCCAGCUCUAAGAGGCAGAGGAGGAGAGAGGUGAAGGAGAGGAGGGAAAGAAAAACAGAGGUCACGUUCAGACCAAAUGAGUCCAUCAUCCCCGUGCGAGAGCCAACUGAUGGGCCUAUAAAUGAAGAGCCUACAGUUGCAGAGGAGAUCACCCCUGGACACGACUUUGCCAUUCCUCUCGGAUCCUUUGACUCUUUGCUGACUGGUCAGAGAUUAUUGGACAAGGCCAUGUCCACUUCAGCUGAGCUUCAUGCCUUUGCUUCCACAUGUAAAAGACCCCCAGAGUGCCAUGAUGCUUUCACCAACACAGACCCAACUUCUACCCCCACACGCGUGGAUAAAGCUGUGUCUGCCUCUGUGACCACCAGUAGCCCUAAAUCACAAAGUUCACAGAAUUUCCAGGUUUGUACUGAACAUCCUGUUCAAGACACAGGGGAGACCCCAAAGAAAGCUGAAAAGAUUUUGGAUCUGCAUGGCCACCAGUUCAUAAGUGUCUUGGAUCUAGAAGACGAAGCGCUGCACCAUGAUUUGCCGCUGUGUCUCAGCCCAGAAACACAGGACAUUCCUCCCAUCCGCCCAUCUUCGCCUACUUCUGCUGAUCUUCAUGUUCUUGCAACUUCUGUUAUUUGGAGUGCUUCUGCUGCUGCUGACCCACAGCCCUCCAUCUUAAUUACAGACAAUCUCCUGAAACCCACCAAUCACCCAGAAAUCCCUGAGGAUACUCCAUUACUCAGCCACAUUGAGCCCAGUACGUAUCCAGAGAGAAUCACUCCACAAGACAUGGCAGAUCCAUCUGACUCUGAGAUCUGUCAAGCCAUAAGGACGCAGAGUGUUGGACCUCACAGAGCCUCCUCGUCACCUCCUGCAGUCUGGUUCUCCUCUCGCCUGUCAGAGAUGGACGCCCAGUUGGCUGCACUACAGAACAUUGCAGACCAUCUGGAAAUGGACUUUUCCAACUCCAGGAUGCUGGUGAACACCAUUGAAACGCUCACCCCAGUCUUGGCUCCUGAUGUGAAGAGUACCAUGGCAGUAAAAAAAACCGUCAGACUGUCUGUCCCACGUGAAGCUUGGACACCAAGAUCUGACAUUUUAAUGGAACCCAAAGCCUGUGAAGAGGAAGAGGAAAAUCAGCAGGACAAAUAUGUUCAUAGGGACUCCCGCACUCCAGAAAGAAAGCCUACUUUUCGUUAUUUAACUUCUCCUCACAGUCACACAGCUGGUCUUUCCUACCUUCACACCCCUCCAAAUCAGUUGAGCGAAGCAUCUGGAAUAUCUCAUGUAUGGGAAGAUGAGAAUCUGGGACACACCGGGCUAUCGGAUACAGCAGAAAUCUUAGAUGAGUUGGUAAAGGAAGGGUAUUUAUCCCCGACUGACCUGGAUUUGUCCACUUCACACACCGCACACUAUAGCAGAAGUGUCCUUCCAGAGGAUGAGAGGCGAGAGCUGAGGAUCUGGAUGAGAAGGAAACAGAGGGAAAGACUGGCUGUUUAUCAGAAACACAGAGAAAGCCUGAGGGAGAGGGAGCAUAAGCCUUUUACUGCCUCCGCAAAAGUGAAAUCAACAAACAGAAAUCAAGCAACCAUUUGGGAAACCAGAGAGGAAAAAGAAAAGUUCAUGCUUCUUGAGCAAUACAACCAGAGGACCCGUGAAGCUUGUUCUUUGGCCAGUGACUUCGCCACUUCUACUCAGAUCCUACGCAGUUCUUCACAGCCUGAAGGCCCUCCAUUACCUUCCAUCACACGGUCCACCUCCACUCCACCCUGUGGCAGCAGGUACCAUCUGCCACAGCCUUACAGUGCACCUGCCAAUGAUAAAAGAAGUCUUAAGUCCCAGUCAGGACAAACUCAGCCCCGCCUUCGUCCAUGGACUGCUGAGGUACAGGCACGGCCUUCGGAGGAUCACAGCAGGAGACUGGGACUACAUAGACCAGUUACCUCUCUGCCAAGAGACCGUCUGUCUCAGGUGACCAGACGUGGCAUGCUCAGUGACACAAAGAGCCACACUAAACUGUUCACGGAAAGCCAGAGUGAGGAACGGCAUGUCGAAUACCAGAGAAAGACUCAUUUGAGCAAAAGUCCGUCCGGGGGGACUGCUGUAGGGAGAGGAAUCCAGAGGGAGGGGACAAAGAUGGAAGACAGAGAAGAGGUGAAUCUUUGGGAGCCCACCUCAAAAGUGAAUAGGCUGCUGGACCUAGAGGAGUCAGAGUCUAACAUAGUUUUGGCUAGGCUGUUGGAUGAGCAGGAUGGUGGUGCCAGAGCUGGUGUGUCAGGGAUGGACUGGCUGGACAACCUGUCGGAGAGCGCCAGCAGCAGCCUCAGCAAAAUAGACUGGGCUGCUAUCGAGAGGAUGGUGGCUGGAGAGGAAGCUUGAGUUUUAGUGUAUCGAGGAAAAGCAUUGAUAUGUUGACAAUGAAGUAUAUGGUAUAUGACUGAAAAUUUUUUUUCCAAGAUUGUUUGUGCCUAUUAAAUAUACUGUAAAUCAGAAGCAUUGUAAACUGUGAUAAUAUAAAUUAUAAUUUAGUUUAAUUAAUUGGAUAUGAGUAGUAGGGAUAUUAAAUAUGUCAAGACAUGAUUGUUUUUUUUAUUUGUAAAGUAGGCCUAAUAUAUAUUAUAUGUAAUG